CCUGCAUCGCAUGUCCCCGCUCCCCCAAUUAACCCAGUAAGCGCUACGCAACCACUUCGUCCCCGCUCACCCCCGUGACCCCACCCGCUCGCCUUCGCUGCUCGCUGCUGCCGCCGCUCGCCCCCACAGCAGCUCUACCCCAGCCCGCUCGCCCUUGCCUCCCUACUUCUCUCCGGCGGCGCAUCUUCGGGACAGGACGAUUCGGGCCGGCGACGCAGCUUCGGGAGAGGAUGAGAGAAGAGGGGAGGAAAAACAGAGACCUGGAGGCGUGCUCCGACGGCUGUGUGGCACGCAGAAUUGGAUCGGGGUGCUUCCCCACAGCCGCAGCCGCAGCCGACUAGCGACACCACAUGCCCAAAAUCAGAUAGAGGAUCGAUCAUGCAGUUCCCGUUCCGCCGUCCGCCGGCAUCGCCGACGUCGUUUCUGUUGGUCCCGGGCAAAACGCCGCAGGGCUUCGCAGAGGACACCUCGGCCGCGGAGGAGGACAGCGACCUGAGGAACCUGAUGCGCUGUCUCAGCCACCUCGUCCAGACCUACUCGGACAAGAAGGGCGACGCGGCCGCGCGCGGGAACCUACUCCGGGAGCUCGUCGUCGUCGCCCCGCGCUUCGCCGAGGCCGCCGGACGCCAUCGGCUCUGCUUCGCGUGGCGGGACGCCAGGAUGCCAUCGGCUCUGCUUCGCGUAGAGGACACACGAGGGGCCGACGGGAUACGACGCGCGUGCGCCGCGCUCUGCAAUGCGACGGGCCUGCUGAGAGCAGCGUCGGAGGGGGAAGGGGGAGGAGACGGCGCGGUGGGUUGCCAGCUGCGGCACAUGUCUGAUGCGUGCAUGGCGGCGUUCGAGGCGUUGAUGCUCGCGCAGGCCCUCGAGUUCUACUUCGAGCUCGCCGUCGCGCCAAGAACCUUCAGUCAUGAGGCCACCGUGACGGAAGACUUCCAUCUCAGGGUGUUGUCAAGAAUUUUACUACGCCCACUGCUUUUUCACUGAGGUAGUUGCCGCCUGCAGCCAUGCACAAGUGUCAUCACCUGCAUCUCCUCUUUGUGUUCCCGUCUCUCCAUGCCACACGAGGAUAAAUAUAUUCAUUGAGUGUUUAGCCCGAGUAACAACUUUUUGUAUGACAACAUUUUAAACAUCUCUAUUGUCUCUCUUAUAUUGGUAAAUUAUUAUAUUUUCGUUUAUUUUAUUAAUAUAUUUCUUUUUUAUGAAGGAUUAUUGUUUUUCUAUGAUAAUACGUGCGUUGCACGUGUACGGUUACUAGUUCAAGAAAAGAUAACGUGUUGUGUUCGGCGCAAAAUGUAGGGCAAAUCGUAUUGUGGUGGUUUUUCGUUAGUGAUACUUGUAUUGUGGUGGUUUUA